CCUUAAGUAAUAGUGAGACAUGUCGCAUGUACCAAGUUUUGCAAAAAUGUUGGGUGAAGAUGGGAGCAAGUUUAUUACGAUUAUCUUGUUUUUGACGUUUUUCUGCCACAGAACGUCUUCGGAAUGCACACAAUUAUCGCCUUGCUCCUGUAUGUUGUCUAACGGGCAAGGAUACAAUUUGACAGAACUCGGUAACUCAGGGCCUUUGAUAGCAUUGCAAAACAUUAAUCAGAGUCUUACUUUGGAGGUACAGUUUCAUCCAUGUACAAACAUUCCACUAUCAAAUGUCACUGACGAAUGUCAGAAAGGCGCAUCUUUAUGCGCCAAGUGGGGCAACAAAACUGUUAGUCUAGGCACAGUGGAAGAAACCAAAAUAAUAGUAUCACCUGAUAAUCUUAAGGAGCCUGUUUUAAGUAUAGCUCAUAAUAAGUAUACAACAAUAAUAAGCUUAAUCUGUUGCCAUACAUGCAGUACACAAUUCACAAUAAAUUCUGUCAACAACGACAAGGAUUAUCACAUGCUACUAGUAUCUCCUUUCUCUUGUAAAGUACAGUUAAGCACAAAAGGUCUUUCCACCGGCUCUAUGCUGGUUAUCUUUUUCUUUGUAUUUACUGGAAUGUAUUUCAUUGGUGGAGCAAUAGCAUUAAAAUUGUUGAGAGGAGCAACAGGUUUAGAGAUGAUACCAAAUCAUGAGUUUUGGGUGGAGCUUCCUUCGCUCAUUAGAGAUGGCAUUGUUUUUACUUUUAACUGUUGUCGAGCAGAUAGCUACGAAAGAAUAUAGAUAUCUAAAUCUUCUUUAUUUAUAUUUUUACUAAUAUUGUUUGAGCUUAAUUCUAUUUCAUAAUUUAAAAUCCAGCGUUUGAUUUCGAUGAAUUAUAUUUUUAUGAUUAGCAUUACAAUGUACAUACAUAAAAAAAGGAAUGUUUAAAUUUCACUCUGCUUAUGUUAACAUUUACGGAGGAUUAUGUUAUCGAAAAUUCUCCAUUGCAAGUUUACAAAGGGAAGAAAAGUAUUUUCUAUGACACAAUUUUCUGGUAACUUUAUAGAAGAAAUAUGUGAUAUUUAACGCGGCAACGCUCGUACGUCGGAGGUUGUUACAAAUAUAUAUAUAUAGAAUUCAUUACUAAUUUUUAUACGUGAAUUUGUUAGUGCAAAUAAAGAAGAAAUUUAAACAAAUAAA